AUGGUUACAGCCCUUACGGAUGAACUUUAUGGAAUUUCAUUGAGAGGUGAUGUUAGCGAGCUUACAAAGUGGCGAGAGAAAAACCCAAACCUUCCUCUUAACCCAAAAUUUACAGCUCAUCUUAGAACUCCUUUACAUAUAGCAGCUAUGUGCGGCCAUGUCAAGUUUGCAGAAGAACUUUGUCGUCUUGACAGGAAACUCGCGAAGGAGAAAGACACGCAUGAUUACACUCCUCUUCACUUGGCUUCUGAAAGACCAAGCGUAUGUAUGGUGAAAAAGUUGUUAGAUGUCGAUACGGGAGUUUGUAUGGAUAAAGAUGAAGAUGGACGAACACCUAUAUAUUUAGCAGCAAUGGAAGACCGAUAUAAGAUCAUAGAGGCGUUAAUCAAGAUGAAGCCUGAAGCAAUUCACAUUCGUUAUGCUCAAAAUGAGACGAUACUGCACCUCUGCGUCGAACAUGACAGUUUGAAGUCCCUAAAAUUGUUAUUGGUAAAGGACUUGCCACAUGGGGAUGCACAGUCUAUGAACAUGGAUGUUAUAUCUAUCAACUCCUGA